AUGUUGUGGUGUAUUUGGCUAACCUUACUACUGGGCAGUGUGGUUUCUGCGCAGGUGCCGGAGGAGAGCGGCGACUCGGAUCAGGCUUUGGCAGAAGAGUUGCUCAUCAGUUUCGACUCGUACGAAAAUGACCAUAUCAACGUAUUUCUCAACACCUACACACUGGAGGACAACGACGGGUCCACUACGCAACGACGUGACGUCUUUGGCCGUCUGGAAAUCAUGGUAAAGAAAUACGACGGAGACCGCAAGUUGAGCAACAUUCUGCACCAGGAGCUUAUCUACAAUUUAAGUUCGGCAAAAAACCUUCCACAGAGCGAUUGUGGCUGGUUCCGCAGCAACAGCCGGUCUGUUGACUACGUCCCGAUGGAGCCGGUCCAGAUCAACAACAAGGUAUACGACUACAGGGGUGGCCAGCUGGUGAACGUGCGGUUGCUCUAUUUCCAGCUAGUGCAUUUCGGCGUCGAGACGGCGUUCGUGGGACGCAAGUUUCUGGUCGUUGUUAAGUACCUGGAAGAUGAGAUCUUCCUUGUGAGCGAUAUGGAGCCGGACCACGAUGAGAGCAGGGGCUGGACCCAAUUUGUGCAGCACAACGAGUAUUGGAUUAUUUCGCUGCUUUCUGUUCUAUUUCUGGUGCUUUCGCUAAUCGCCAUCUAUCUGCUGGUGCUCUUCAACAGUAGACUUGCCGAUCGUGCGAGCCGGCGCAAGGGCCGCGACUGGGCUGAGGACGAGAAAGAGCGACUGAUACGCGAACUUUUCAAGAGAUGA